CUCAUAUCAAAUGAUCUAAGUGCCAAAACCCACUGUAACAACAUUGGCAAAAAGACAUUAAGGCAUUAAACCUAAUCUUGCGUAGCUUCUUCAGUAAUAUUACAUUACUAACCAGCGCAUACAAAACAUUUGCUAGACCAGUUCUCAAACACAGCUCAUCUUCUGGAACUCGCACUGAAUAAAAAGAAAGAAGGGGAAGCAAAUUUGGAGGCUGCCUGAAGUCUCUACUUUCCUUCUCCAGGUGAAGCCUGCUGAAUAGGUGUCAAGAGCUUCCUGCUCUGAGCUUUGGCUUAAGAGUAUCAAAUAUUUUCAGUAGUGUUCAAGGCUGAAGCUUCAUAUGGCAGGUGAACCACAGGAAGCACAUAAGACCUAUGCAACACAGCUUCAGAAGCUGGGGCAACCAUAUUUAUAGAAUAGAAUAGAAUAGAAAUUUUUUAUUGGCCAAGUGUGAUUGGACACACAAGGAAUUUGUCUUGGUGCAUAUGCUCUCAGACUACAUAAAAGAAAAGAUACGUUCAUCAAGAAUCAUAAGGUACAACACUUAAUGAUCAUAGGGUACAAAUAAGCAAUCAGGAAACAAUAUCAAUAUAAAUCAUAAAAAUACAAGCAACAAAGUUACAGUCAUAAGUGGAAGGAGGUGGGGGAUGGGAAGGAUGAGAAGAUUAAUAAUAGUGCAGAUUUAGUAAAUAGUUACAGUGUUGAGGGAAUUAUUUGUUUAGCAGAGUGAUGGCAUUCGGGGAAAAACUGUUCUUGUGUCUGGUUGUUCUGGUGUGCAGUGCUCUGUAGCAUCAUUUUGAGGGUAGGAGUUGAAACAGUUUAUGUCCAGGAAGUGAGGGGUCUGUAGAUAUUUUCACAGCCCUCUUUUUGACUCGUGCAGUAUAGAGGUCCUCAGUGGAAGGCAGGUUGGUAGCAAAUGUUUUUUCUGCAGUUCUAAUUGUCCUCUGAAGUCUGUGUCUGUCUUGUUGGGUUGCAGAACCAAACCAGACAGUUAUAGAGGUGCAGAUGACAGACUCAAUAAUUCCUCUGUAGAGCUGUAUUAGCAACUCCUUGGGCAGUUUGAACUUUCUGAGUUGGUGCAGAAAGAACAUUCUUUGUUGUGCUUUUUUGAUGAUAUUUUUGAUGUUAGCUGUCCAUUUUAGAUCUUGCAAUAUGGUAGAACCUAGAAAUUUGAAGGUCUCUACUGUUGAUUCUGUGUUAUCUAGUAUUAUAAGAGGUGGAAGUAUGGAAGAGUUUCCCCUAAAGUCUACCACCAUUUCUAUGGUUUUGAGUGUGUUCAGUUCCAGACUGUUCUGGUUGCACCAUGUUAGAGGGCUUCAGGAAGCCCAGUAGAAAUAUGCAUAAAUGUAAUGGGCAGGAAGAGUAAACUUGAAGACCUGGAGAAAGAGACACGACCAAGACAUCAGUCAGACAAAAUAAACUUGAAUCUGAAGUAGAAAUGCAAUUUGAAAAAGCAUCUCAGGCUUGACCCUCCCUAGUUCUUUUGCAGAUAAAGGGAAGGAGAGGGAGGCACAUUCUGACUUAAAAGUUGACUUUGUAUAUAAUAUAUAAUAUUAUUUUUUGUAUAUAAUAUACAAAUGGAUGAGACUAUUGCUUAACACAAUGUAAGCCGCCCUGAGUCUUCGGAGAAGGUAGGGAUAUAAAUUCAAAUUAAAAAAAAAAAGAUUCUGUUACUAUAACUUUAUAAAAGAGGUAUUAAGAUUCAUAGCUUGGGUUUCUUAGUGUGGUCUACCUUAAAAGGUGGACAAUAAAUCACCCCUCCCAUAGCACCCAAGCACAGGGAGGCUGCCUCACACGUAAAAGAGGAGCAGGGCUUUGCUCAUACAGUCACAGUUGCUAUUUUGACUUUCUGGUCCUCCCCCUGCCCCCCUCCCUUUCCCCGGCUCUGAAUGCCCCAGGUUGAUUGGGAUAACAAGACUACUUUACAGUUCUGCUUGCUACGCUUCAAGCUAUAAUAAGGCUUAUAAAUGAUAGAGGGUGUGAAUCUUAUAUGUGACAAAAAGAAGGAGAAAGCACCUGUGUGUGGGUAAAUUUCUUGUGUGGUGAGGACUUUUCCUCUCUUGCACCUAAGCAUGGUACAACCACGGUAAGAUUAUUUGGGGAGGGGGGAGAAAUUGUUCUGAUUCCAUGCCAGUGUCUUCAUUUCAUCCCUAAUCCUUGAGUGAGACAACAAGUUUUCCCUCAGAAGCUGACCUCAUCUUCUGCAACAAUGCAAACUCAAUUUAUGGGCUACAAAUAAAAGAACCCUUUUCCAACAGUGACCACAGCAUGAUCAACUUUUGUCUCAAUAUAUGCCCUUACAAUAAUCUCCAUAGUAAUGGUAUUCCAAACUACAAUUUCAAAAAAGCCAACUAUGAUCUUAUAAACACCGACCUCUCAUCUCUUUACUGGCAAAAUCUAUUCUCUAACUGUAUCACUGCUGAAGACCGCUAUAGAGUUUUCUUACUUGACGUCAAUAGAGUAAUUAAACUAUAUGUACCACAAGCCACUACAAAAAUCAGAAAAAACAAAUUACCCAUAUCAAUAAAAAAGCUCCAAUCCAAAAAAAAAAUCCCCCUGGUGAAAAAACAAAACUGGCUAUGUAGCCAACUUCAGAAACUGUUACAAAAAUAUAUGCAACCAAAUAAAGAUUGAAUGCACCAAUUACCAACUACAAGAAGACCUUCUGCGCACAAAAUCCAAUCGGGCUUUCUAUAAUUUUGUGAACAACAAAUUUAAAGACUCGAGAUCCAUCCCACCCCUAAAAUGAUCUAACGGUAAAGAAUAUAAUGAUGAAACAGUUAAAGCAAACCUCUUUAACACAUUCUUCGGCUGAGUCUUUGUUAACAGCAAUGGCUCAUACCCAACAUUCCCCAGUCGUACCACCAAUGAUCACAACAACCUAACACAAAGAGAUUUCACAGAAGAUAAUGUUGAAAAGGCCCUUCGCAAACUGAAACUAUCUAUUGGACCUGAUGGUCUAUGUGCAUACUUCUUAAAAAAGAUUUCUACUAAUAUCGCAGAACCCCUAAUCAUAAUCUUUGAAAAAUCUUUCAGGACCAACUCCCUUCCCAAACUAUGGUCACUAGCCAUGGUCAUCCCUGUCUUCAAAAAAGGAGACCCUAGCCUAGUUGAAAAUUACAGACCAAUUUCUUUAUGCUGCAUCACCUACAAAGUAAUGGAAUCAAUCAUCAACCAAUCCAUCACCCUCCACCUAGAAACAAACAACUACUCUCUAAUAAACAAUUUGGUUUCAGAAAAAAAUUAUCCUGUAAUUUACAACUUCUUCACUGCAAAAACAUAUGGACUACAAAUCUUGAUCAGGGCAAAGCAAUAGAUGCAAUUUACAUAGACUUCUGUAAAGCUUUUGACUCAGUGGUACAUGACAAACUUCUUCUAAAACUAAAAUCCUACGGCAUCUCUGGACCCCUCCAUAAUUGGAUAACAGCGUUCCUGUCAAACAGACAACAAAAGGUCAAAAUAGGCAGUGCCCUAUCAAAUCCUUCUCCUGUCAAUAGCAGUGUCCCCCAAGGCAGCGUUCUAGGACCAACACUCUUCAUAUUAUACAUUAACAACCUCUGUGACCAUAUUAUAAGUAAUUGUGUUCUCUUUUCUGAUGAAGUUAAACUAUUUAACACUACCAACAAUAUGGCUACCCUUCAAAAAGACCUUGACUUUGUGUUGGAAUGGUCAAAAAAUUGACAACUCCAAAUCUCAAUCAGCAAAUGCUCUGUCUUACACAUUGGAAAAAAGAAUCAGAACACUAAAUACAAGCUCGAUGGACAUUGCCUUGUUGAUGACCCUCACCCCGUUAAAGACCUUGGAGUUUUCAUAUCAAAUGAUCUAAGUGCCCAAGCCCACUGCAACUACAUUGCAAAAAAGGCUUUAAGAGUUGUAAACUUAAUCUUGCGUAGCUUCUUCUCCAGAAAGAUUAGACUACUAACCAGAGCAUAUAAAACAUUUACUAGACCAAUUCUUGAAUACAGCUCGCUUGUCUGGAACCCACACCUCAUUUCUGACAUAAAUACGAUUGAGCGUGUCCAGAAAUAUUUUACAAGAAGAGUUCUCCACUCCUCUGUUAACAACAAAAUACCUUAUGCCACCAGACUUGAAAUCCUGGGUUUAAAAAAUUUAGAACUCCGCCGCCUUCAACAUGACCUGAGUUUAACUCAUAGAAUCAUCUGUUACAAUGUCCUUCCUGUUGAAGACUACUUCAGCUUCAAUCGCAACAAUACACGAGCACACAAUAGAUUUAAGCUUAAUGUGAACCGUUCCAAUCUUGAUUGCAGAAAAUAUGACUUCAGUAACAGAGUUGUUAAUGCCUGGAAUGCACUACCUGACUCUGUGGUCUCUUCCCAAACUCCCCAAAGCUUUAACCAAAGUCUAUCUACUAUUGACCUCACCCCAUUCCUAAGAAGCCUGUAAGGGAUGUGCAAAAGAGCACCAAUGUGCCUACCGUUCGUGUCCUAAUGUUCCCUUUGAUUUUAUCCAAUUUGUAUAGUUAUUUCAUGCUUAUGCUUAUAUAUGCUUAUGUGACAAAUAAAUAAAUAAAAUAAAUAAAUAAAGAUCAGCAGAGUAAGGUUUUGCUACCUAUUACAUUGGAGACAAAGUCGUGUCAGUAGCAAGUAGGGUUAGUGGCUUUUGAGAUGGGCAGGGACUUUCUUCUGUAUUAUGCUCGCUGUGGAAUUCUGGGAAGUGAAGUCCAUAUGUCUUUCAAGUUGCCAAGCUUGAGAAAUACUGUGCUUAACCAUAGACAGCUAUUUUGCUGUCAGCACACUAAAAAGCAGUGCUAGAGAGCUUUCAGAGCCAUGCAGUAACCCUAGAAAGCUCAAUCAAUGGUGCUGUAAAUGCUUUGAUUCCGGCUGUUAUUAGUUUAGCACAAGGCUGAAAUACUGGAAUAAAGAUUCCUGUUAAAUGGAAAAUGCCUUGGUCUCUUUUUUCUUGUGCUUUGUCCACAUUCCUUCAUAUUUCUUAGUUAUAGACAACAAUGUGUAGCACUUUUGGCCUGGUUGGCCCAACAGCAAAAGGCAGAUGACGGGCAACUGGACAGCACCUGCUUGGAUUCAUACAUCUGAUAUAUAGUUCAAUUUAGUGUACUAAGGUUUAUUUUCCUGGCACCCGGUGUUCAUGUCAAUUGCAUUCUGCCUCUGCCUGCCGGAAGCCAUCCUGAUCUUCUCUCCAGAGGCCUCUCUUUUCUUCUGCUCCCACAAAGUAAAAGCGCAGCUGCAUUGGAUUGCACAAAUGCUGGCCCUCGGGGCUGCCACCUUGGGAUUGGUCUUCAUUAUCUCCAGCAAGAACCGGAGUGAGCUCCCACACUUCAUCUCCUGGCACAGCAUUCUCGGUCUUCUGACCAUAUUGGCCACCUGUGGGCAAGUCCUGUGUGGAUUGGGCCUGCUGUUUCCACAGCUACUAAGGAUUUCAUUAGCGGCUCAGCUCUGGAGAUGCCACACUGUGUACGGACUGAUAGUUUACUUGCUGGCCACUUCUACUGUAGUACUGGGCAUUUGCUCUGACUGGUUUCAGGCCCAGAUCAAAGGCGUGGCUUGGUAUUUAUCUCUGGGAUUGGUCUUCUGUCCAGCCCUGGUAAUUGUGAACCAGAUUUCUAGAACUUAUUGGUUGAAGAAGAGACAGUAUGUUUGAGAACUGAUCUCAGUAGGACGCCCAGGAAUCAGCAUUUCAACCAACUAUUAUUUGUGCGUUCUCUUUUUUAUCAUGAUCUUUAUUACAUUCCCCUUUGAUUUUCCAUGCAUUCUGCUUCUUUUGUUCCAUAGGUUGGUUGGGUAUGGACAUGCUGGAGGGAAUUACAAAUUAGAAUUCAGGUCUACAGAGCACCCAGGCAAGGGGUUAUUUUCCUAACACACAGCAAUGCGUGGAUCCAAUUAUACUGGAAAUGUUAAUAUUCUUUCUUUUUAAAAAGUGUUUUAUUAAAGUUUAUUGCAAGAUAAAAAUACAAAAAGAAACAAAAGUUAGAAAGGUGCAAAGAAAAAAAAAGUGACUUCAGGAUUUGUUCAGUGUAGAAUACCACCCCCCCAAAAAAAUUACCUCAAUUUUUGCUUUGCAUUUCUAAAUGGCUCAAGCCAUUUCUAUAACAAAGUCAUUCUAAUGAUCAAAACCUAAAAUCAAAGGUUUUUUUUCGAUUUUGAGCAAAAGGUCCAGAAGCGAUUUCCAAAUCUAGAUAGGUUCUUGCCAUUCAAUUUUGCCAUUCAAUUUUGCCAUUUCUGUCGAUCGCAUCAUGCCAAUUUUCUUUCUAGCUCACUGAUCAAGUCAACAUGGAUGUUUAACUGGUGCUCAGGCUUGAAUCCACAAUGCUGUUCUGUUGAGAAGCACAGGGUGGCUGCAGUUGCCCAUUUGCUUUCUUCUUGAAUACUAGUAAAGAAUUACUGGAGCUUACAGCAGUAUCUAUUACUCUCAGUCCUACAGGCCCUUCAGUAAGUGGAUCAGGGACCAAUCUGCAGUAGUUAUUAUUCCCUUCAGCCCACUUUGUAGGCUUUUUUACGUAUUGAAUGACAAAUCCCAGUCUAUUAUCCUGAAAGUAUGCUAUUUUUUCCAAACUUCUUCUAGGACCCUGUAUUUGUAAACUAAGGCUUCUACCCACUUAAAUUGAAUACUUCCGAUCUGGUGAAAUUAUAUUACUGAGAGUGGUUUCAAAGUGGCUUCAGAAUAUGUUGUCCAACUAUGUCGUUCCAUAUAAAGGUUAAAAUAUUUGGGCAUGAAAUAGCAGGUUUCUUCUAUUAGAAGAUUGGGAAGAUACAUUUUAGCCCGAUUUCCAACUGUAGAGACCCCACAAACCGAUACUUUUGGCUUUUUUUAAAAAAAAAAAAAAGCAUGACCACAUCUGGUUCAUUUAAAAAUAAAAGAGAAACUGAAGUGUCUCACAACCUCUGCCUGUUCGGUUAUAGAACUUGUACCUCUUUCUCCUGUGACACACACGAAGUGUUUAUGGCCUUUUAAACUCAUUUGGCAAUUACAAUAUUAAUAAGUAACUGCAGGGCAAUGAUUUCAUGUGUGUGUGUGUGUGGGAGGGGAGUUCCAGCACAGCAUUGCCUCAGAAGCAAAGAGGGCUGCAAUAUGCAAUUUACUCAGUAUCCACCCUAAGCUGGAAAUGUUUUUGGUUUAUUUAUAUUUUACAUUUCUAAGGUGCUCAGUCCAACAACUAUAUGGCUUAGAAUUUAAAACAGUAAAAAAAAAAACCCAACCCAAAAGAUUGCACUAUCUGGAGAACAACAGCAAAUUCUCUCUCCUAUCUAUAGAGAUAAAAACAUAAUCACCUAACCCAAGGCCGUUUCCAUGUGAAUCUUGGAAAUGGGGAAAUAGUAUUUCAGAGGUAUGUGCUGCAACCGAGAAGGCUCAUCUCCUGGGCUAAAUGACAUUACUUAAUCAACAGGAACAGGAAGGGACCCAAGCCUCGUAGGACAGGCAGAAACAAAGGACAGAUGCUUCCUUAAAUAACAAAGUCCUAUGUCAUAUAGGGCUUUAAAGAUAAAAAUAGUACACUGAAUUGCAGCCAGAAGCCAUCUAGUAGCCAAUGAAGCUGUUAGAACCUGGAUGACAUAUAGGAUCGCUCACCAAUCACUGCUUCUUCUGUAAAAACUCUAGCUUUUGAAUGGUUUGCAAGGUUUCUCCAGAUAGACAGCACUGCAGUUGUUCAACCAAAAUAUGACUGAGGCAUUGAUGACUAAAGGUGUCCUGGUUCAAAAAAAUGUGCAGUUGGCAUACAAGGUGAAUCUGCGCAAAGGACUAUCGUUUGUUCUUCAUAUAGGAGCUGUGAGUCCAGGAGAUGUCUAGCUUGCAUAUUAGACCCCAAACAGGGCAGUAUAGGUAGCAGAAGCCCAUCUGAGCAUGUUUUUCCACAUCUAGACCUUCACAACUUCUAGGCACUGAAACAUGACUUCAAAAUUUGGGAUUAGAUAGGUGAGUAUCAUUAGCAUAUUGAUGAUGAUAACUAACUCCAAAUGGAUGGCUCAGCAGCUUCAUGUAGGUAUAAAAUAAGAAAGGUCAGAACAACAACCAUUGUGAUACCUCACCAUCAGGUCAUUGGGUUUGACCUGUCUCUUUCUGGCAGCAUAUAUAUGGAGUAUAUAUAUCACGAAACUGAUUUCACAGGAAUAAUGGAAUUAUACUUUAUAAACAUAGAUUAGAAUAACAGAAUCUUGCAUGUCUCAUUUGUUUUCCCUCUUAUACCCCACAGAGUCAGGAGAGAUCCAGUCUGAGUCUGUUUCUAAUACUUUCCUAUUCAUAGCAAAUAAAAACAAAUAUUUGCUCUUUUGUUGUGAUAAUGGCAUCUGGGUGACUUUUCCAAGGUAAUCUCCAUGGCUCCCAAUACUUUUUUCCAACUUCAACUGAAACCAACCAUAGAGAAAGGAGAAUUAUUGCGCUCUAAUACCAUGUCUCCCUCUCCUGCUUCCCAUAGUCCAGAAGGAUACCAAGACCUAUAGAAUCAAAAACUGAUAAGAGAAGAACCAUUCUUGUUGUGCUCCCCAUCCCAGCUCUGCCAGAACUGUGAUCAGUGCAUCCCUGAACUAAAUAUACAAUUUCCCUGGGACCGGUGCUGCCUCAGUACUAAGACUCCUGUACUUUUUCCAUUGCUUAUGCCAGAUGAUUUACAUUUAUUCUCUGCCCCAACUACCUUCCUUUCCUUGUCAUUUGAUUUCAUUACAAUAUCAGGAUAAGAUAAAUUCACCUUUCCAUCUGUUAGAAUGUAAAGUGUGAUCCCAACAGAGUGCCACAUUUCUUUAUUAAAUAGGUGCCUAUGAUGCUUAUAGGUAAGUCUUAAGGAGUAAAUUUUGCAACUGUGGUCUUGCAUCUUGUAUCUCCCCCUCACUGCUUACAGUUCUGAUUGUCAUGCAAAUUUUUUAAAGCAGUUUACUCUAGAGCGAUGAAUCAGAAAUGGAAGAUCUGAAGAAAAUUCGAAGUCAUAUAGAAGAUGUUUUUGUGUUCUCAUUUUUUUCAUGUAAUAUAGCAAUAUUUUGACAGCGAGUAAAAUUUUGUUGAAUGUAAUUCAGAUAUUUUGCUUUGACGUUCCAUAUCUUCUAUUUUCUCAGGUAAUUUUAUGACACAGGAAAUCACCUAAUUUUAUGUUUUGUUCUUAUUACAUGUAUGGGAUACUGUAUAUCUUUUACUGUAACCUUCCCAAGCUGCUUGUCUUCUAUGGUAGAUAUGCUGGGACUGUAACACUCAUAAUUAUAUAUACUAUAGAAUUAUAGUGUGAUAGGAAUAUCUGGAAGGCACUAAUUAGACUAUUAGAGGACCACAGUUUGAUGUUCUGAGUUAGCUUGCUGAAAUUGCAGCAACACAUUUCUGAUUUGCUACAGAAAGUAGCUGGAAAAAAGGCUGGAAGGGUAGGUUAUGGUACAGGUAGUCCUUGACUUACAACAGUUUGUUCAGUGACCAUUCAAAGUUACAUCAGCACCUGACAUGACUUAUGACUGUUUUUCACACUUGCAACCGUUGACCCCACGGUCAUCAAAAUUUAGAUACUUGGCAGCCGGCUCAUAUUUAUGAUGAUGCCAUGGUCAUAUAAUCCCCUUUUGCAACCUUCUGACAAGCAAAGUCAGUGAGGAAGCCAGAUUCACUUUCACCAUGUUACUAACUUAACAACUGUAGUGAUUCACUUAACAACCGUGGCAAGAAAAGUCAUAAAGUGGGGCAAACUCACUUAACAAUUAUCUUGCUUAGCAGCAGACAUGUUGGGUUCAAUUGAGUUGUUGGGUUCAAUUGAGUUGUAAAGUAAAGAUUACUUUAAAACCAUUGUAAGUUAAAACUACAAAUGACCUGGACUAGAGAGAGCUUACUUUCUAGGUGCUUAUUCUUCUGGAAUAGACCCAGUGGUGGGAUUCAGCCAGUUCGCACCACUUCGAGAGAACCGGUUGUUAACUUUCUAAGCAGUUUGGCAAACUGGUUGUUGGAAGAAUUCAUUAGGGCAGAGAACCGGUUGUUAAAUUACUUGAAUCCCACCACUAAAUAGACCAUAGUAUUUAAUACUUCUAUAUUGAGGCAUGUUAAUCUUCUGAAUCUUUGUUUUUCUUGUUUCAUGCAUUCACUUGCUUAGUUUUCUGAUUAACCUCAAGGAAACAUCUCUGAAACUAAGCCUUCAUAUACUGACAAUGUAAACCUAUAUAGCACCAACUCUGUUGUCCUGUUUAUUUGCUGGGCACACAGGUGGUAUGUGCAUGUGUGAAGAUGAGUGUAAUUGAGUUAUUGUUCUCUAGGGAUGGACGCUUAGAAUUUUCUCUGUAGGAAGGAAGCUGAGAAGUUGACGUGCCAAACCCAUGCCCAAUAAAUCUUGCUUCUGCGUGUGUCGGGCCCAUUGGUCUGGAAUGCAGAGAGUCCCCAUUGCUAUUUAUCAUCAAAUAUUCUAGAGCUAUUCUGAUACAGCCUUCUGGGUUGCAUGUGAUUCGGUGGCUAUAGAAAUCAAUUAAAUAAAUAUAAUUUCCUUCUUGAUGAUUGGAAAAAUGACAAAACAUAACAUUAGGAAAACAUAAGACCUCAGCAGGAAGACAGUGCCUGGAUCCCUUCUCUACAACAGACUCCAACAGCAAAAGCUUCAUGUAAAAAUGAAAAUGUUUGCUAGUUUUAGAUGCAUUCAAUCUUUCAUAGAAAGAAGAUUUGAUUUUAUAGAAUCUUUCUUUCUUUCUUUCUUAUUUAUUUUUGGGUAUUUUCACAUGAGCCUUUUAAUAUGCACUCUUUUUCACCCAACCAUGGCCUGGCAGCAUUUUUUUUCCUGCAAUAAAUUAAUAAAUUACCAUCUUUAGAAUUGCUAAUAAUGCACUGACAUUAACUUCAUAAUUUUGUUUGGUGAAGAAGUUCCCUUUUAUCACCAGUCUCAUUUUUUUUCUUAUUGAUACUGGGUGGUACUUCAAAAGACCAGGAUCAGAACUGCAAUUCCCCUAUAAUUUUUCAGAAUUAGUAGUUUUGCAUUUACAGUAACAGAUCUCUUGAUCUGUUUAUCUGCACUUCCCAUCUGCCUAUGUUCACCUUUCCCAGAAAA